UUUACAGGAGCAGAGACUUUGGUGAUGGGAGAUGUGACAUAUGGAGCCUGCUGCGUAGAUGACUUCACUGCCCGUGCACUUGGAGCUGAUUUCAUGGUACACUAUGGGCACAGCUGUCUCAUUCCAAUCGAUGCUACAGCUGGGAUAAAGAUGUUGUAUGUAUUUGUGGAUAUAAAGAUCGACACAUCUCAUUUCAUUGACACUAUUCGUUUCAAUUUCACCAAGGGCUCUUGCUUGGCUCUGGUUAGCACCAUCCAGUUUGUGUCAGCACUACAGGCUGCACGCCAGGAGCUGAGUGAAGAAUAUGACAUCAUUGUCCCACAGUGCAAACCGUUGUCACCUGGAGAAAUCUUGGGCUGCACUUCUCCUCAGCUGGACAGGAAGACUGAUGCCAUAAUAUAUCUUGGAGAUGGUCGCUUUCACCUUGAAUCUAUCAUGAUUGCAAAUCCAGAAAUACAGGCUUACAGGUAUGAUCCCUAUAAUAAAGUGUUCUCUAAACAAUACUAUGAUCAUGAAGCCAUGCGGUGCAUUCGGGAGGAAGCCAUUGGAAGAGCAGCCAAAGCACAAACGUGGGGGCUUAUACUGGGAACACUGGGGCGUCAGGGUUCACCAAAAAUUUUACAGCAUUUGGAAUCCAAGCUGCAAGCUCUCGGCCUCAAGUUUGUGAAGGUUCUGCUGUCCGAAAUAUUCCCUGAUAAACUGAAACUGUUCCAGGAUAUUGAUGCGUGGGUCCAAAUUGCCUGUCCUCGUCUUUCCAUUGACUGGGGAAAAGCCUUUUCCAAACCUUUACUGACACCAUAUGAGGCGGCUGUAGCCCUUAAAGAAAUUGAGUGGCGUCAGACCUAUCCAAUGGAUUUCUACUCCAGCCAGUCCCUAGGGCCCUGGACUGUCAACCACAUCACUCACCAGCCUGAGAGAAGUACCAGGCAGCCGCUGCAGAACAAAUCAGUGGUGCUACAGAAGACAGAAAUGGAUGCAGGGAGAAAACCUUGUCCUGACUGCAGCUGUGAGAGUGAUACUGCCAUUCAACAUCAGCCAGAACAAGAGACCAGUAAAGAUACAACUUAGAGCACUAAAUUUGCAAGUUAAUAAGAUUUACAGAAAGCUGUGACAGUGAGGCAGAAAAGGCAAAGGAUUAUAAUCAGGGUAACGGUCCAACAGCUGUUCUCCCAGCUUCAGAAGGUCACCCUUGUGAUAAAGCAGAACAGAACUUUAAUGAGCUCUCAAAUAGUUUAUCUCUGCAUCAGUAUGUUAAUAAAUGCUUAUGCAGUUAAAAAUG